AUGCCGAAGGAUGUGCUGCAACACCUCGUCGGAAAGAACUCGGCGAAGGAGGCAUGGGAGACCAUCAAGAUCCUACACCAGGGUCAUGACCGUGUCAAGGAAGCACACCUUCAGUCCCUGAUGAGAAGCUACGAGUGCCUGAAGAUGGAUGAAAGUGAGACGGUUGAUCAGUUUGCCGCCCGUCUCAAGACCCUCGUCAAUGGCAUACGCAGCUAUGGUUCAACCCUAGAAGAAGUUGCGAUCGUCCGACGAUUUUUGUGCGCCGCGCCGGCACGCUACAUUCAGAUUGUCACGUCGAUCGAGCAAUGUCUCGACCUGAAGACUCUCACGGUUGAGGAUCUCGUCGGAAGGUUCAAGGCCCACGACGAGAGAAUUCGUCUCAGUUUCGGCGACACGGAGGCGAGCGAGCACCUCAUGCUUACAAAGGCGCAAUGGAUCGCCCUGUCGAAAGAAAAGCAAGGCGGAUCUACGAGCAGUGGCAAGAAGAAGGGGAAGGGGAAGCAGCACUCGGCGAGAAAGAACUUCGCCGACUCGGACGACGAGGAUGCGCCUGCACCACCAAGGAGGAAGUUUGACAUCAGAAAAGUGAGGUGUCAUAAGUGUGGCCUCCUCGGUCACUUCAAGGCUAACUGCGAGGAAGCACCGAAGCAACGGGCGCUUAUGGCCGAGGAAGGAGACGAUGGGGAUAUGAUGCUAAUGUGCGAGCUAGUGGACGAAGAGGAUCCAGAUGAUCUUGGUCAGCUGGACACGGGUCCGGUGAGUGCAUCUGCGUCAGUAAACCCAGGCGAAGUUAUGGCGCCAGAAGACCAUGACCCAAGGCGUGACAGUGUGAUUACGCUAGUAAACCCGGGCGAAGUCGUGGCACCAGAAGACCAUGACAGAAGGCGUGACGGUGUGGUCACGUGA